UGCCGGCGCUGAGCCUCCGAAAAGCAAAAGCGCCAAGAUGGAAUCCAGCAAAGCUGCUCCGCUGGAAAGGAAAGAAAUUGAGGUCAGCGAUGCGCGGAGCACUCUGACUCCCAAGCAGGAUUCGCCACGUGAUGCAAAACCAGAGGAGCCCAAGGCAGCCGACGCCGUGACAGGGAACGACAUCACAGCACCCCCCAACAAGGAGCUGCCCCCGAGCCCCGAGAAGAAGACAAAGCCUGCAGCAUCCACACCAGCAGCAAAGCCCACGGCAACGAAAGCCAGGCCCGCGGCCGCCACCAGCCCCAAACGGCCGGCCUCUGCCACUCCUGGCCCCCACAAAAAGCCCACCAGCCCCACGGCGGGCCCUCCUGCCACCACCACUCCCAAGCGCCCUGCCAGCAGCGCCACGCGGCCCUCCACCCUCACUCCAAAAGAGAUUAAGCCAAAGGUCACAGAUGCAAAGAGCCCGGAUAAGAGGACCUCGCUCUCAAAGCCUCCAUCAUCUGCUGCUCCUCGUGCUGCUGCCAGGAGCACCGCUGCCACUCCUCGGACAACGGCCACCUCCCCUGUGACUGCAGCUGCUGGGGCGAAGAGCACCACUGCCUCCCCCCCCAAGAGGCCAACAUCCAUCAAGACCGAUGCAAAGCCUGCAGAUGCCAAGAAGGCCACAGCCAAGUCCCCGUCAGCAGACCUGGCCCGCCCUAAGAGCGCUGCUGGAAGCGCUGUGAAGAGCAGUUCCACCACCCCCACCACCACCAGCACCACCAGCACCGCAGCCGUGCCCGGCGCAGCCGCCAGCCGCCCCAAACCCAAACCUGCAGCAGCCAAACCCACCGCCGCCUCCAGCGCCGCUGCGGAUGCAAAGAAACCACCUGCAAAGGCUGCAACCAAACCCAGCGCUGCCCCCAAAGCGCUGCGCCCCACCAGCAGUGCUGCUGCUCCAGACCUGAAAAACGUCCGUUCCAAAAUCGGCUCGACGGAUAACAUCAAGCACCAGCCUGGAGGAGGGAAGGGGAAGGUAGAGAAAAAGCCAGAAUCAACCGCUGCUGCCCGAAAGUCUGAGCCCAAUGCGGUCCCUAAAAUGGCUCCAACUAAAACAGCCGUAACAAAAGAGGGUGUCCCCAAACAGCCCAAUGGGAAAGUCCAGAUAGUCUCCAAAAAAGCGAACUACAGCCAUGUUCAGUCCAAGUGUGGUUCCAAGGACAAUAUUAAGCAUGUCCCUGGAGGUGGGAAUGUGCAGAUCCAGAACAAGAAAGUGGACCUCUCCAAAGUGUCCUCCAAGUGCGGCUCGAAAGCAAAUAUUAAGCAUAAGCCAGGGGGAGGAGAUGUCAAAAUCGAGAAUCAGAAGCUGAACUUCAAGGAAAAGGCCCAAGCCAAAGUGGGUUCUCUGGACAACGUGGGACACUUGCCAGCAGGAGGAACAGUGAAGGCUGAGGGCAGCGCGGAGCCAGAGCAGCUCCCGCCAGCCCCUCAGAACGGAGAGGUGCGAGCGGCGCAGGCAGGCAGCGCCCUGCAGGAGAAUGGCGUAGGGCCGGCGGUGCCCACUGCCCUGAGCGGUGGUGACCAAAGGGAAAUUCAGAGCUUCGAGACUCAGAUACAAGAAACAAGCAUCUAACGAUGACAUUCUGCUAUCGUCUCCCGUCCCCUUCUCCCCCUUCUCUCCUCUCCCCGUCCCCCGCCCCCCCC